GGCCUUUCAGUGUAUACUUAUGCUGAAGAUUCUCAACAUUUUUGCAAAGAAGAGUGAAGUUUGAGUUUUGAAGUUCUGGAAAAAGUGUUAUCAAGAAAGAUCUACAUCAUUUGGGUCCUCGAUUCUUUCGGAGGUGAAAGAAUAGGUAUUGCAAAGAAAAAGAGAGAUAUUUGGUUAAGAUACAGCAGGCCAAAGAGAGGAGCGCAAUAAGAGAGUUGUGACGGAAUGGCUCGUGGACAACAAAAACUUCAAUCCCAAGCUAAGGCUGCAGAAAAAGCUGCAAAAAACAAGAAGCAGCAGGGCCACAACGCCAAUGAACAAAAAAAGGCAGCACAAAAGGCUCUGGUACAUAUAUGUGCUGUCUGCAAGGCACAAAUGCCAGAUCCUAAGACUUACAAGCAGCACUUUGAAAACAAGCAUCCCAAAAACGAUUUGCCAGAAGAUCUGAAGAAUAUAUGAGAGUAAUGGCUCUUAGCCAUUGAGAGAGUACUGAAGCAGCAGGUUGAUUUGUGCCCAUUUUAAAAUUUAAAAAAAAAAGAAACAA